UGAAGCAGCCAAUGAAAUUCUACUACAGGUCAAUCUAUCUGGCCCCAGAAGAGAUGGCGUCGAUUGGAGCCAAGGGGCCAUCACACUCUAAAAGGACCCCGAUAGUGACACAACGGAUGCAGCAGUUUAAACAGCGUUCCCAUGGUGACAUGACAACACAGAAGCAGCACCGUUGUGAGACCAAGGGCUGUGACAAAGCCUUCACAAGUCUGCCAGGACUCAAGUACCAUAGAAACACCAGCCAUAGUCGCAGGAACCAAAAGUUCCAUUGUCACCUGUGUCAUAACUCAUUCAAAAGUGCUAAUGGUCUGAAGUACCACACGGAGAAUAAGAAGGCAAAAUGUCACGAGGAAGGCGGGGCACAAAGGCCAUGUUCCUGUUGUCCAGAGGUUGAGGCUGACACCACCACUGGUCAUCAGUCUGGGGUUUCGGAUAGCGAGGGCGACGGCCAGACUGACAGGGCUUACCAAAUCAAUACAGAAAACAGUAUCCAGGAUCGGGAUAUUUUGUGUUUCACAGGACUCAUAGAUACACUAAGGAGUGAAACUGGCCUCACAGAGACAGAUACUGAAGAAUCUGGAAAGAAAGUGCCCCCUCCUCUUCAACUUUUGGAGGAUACAAGAAUGAAGGAUACUGGCAAGGAGCAGCAAUUAGGACGUGGGGUGGCAUGUAAACUACAAUCGGGGUUCAGGACAAACACUCAGGCAUCAAUGGACAUAACUCCCACAGAGAUGGGAGCUGGUGCUGACAUGCUGAAAGAGUUUGCAAUCAUUGCCACAAGCCCCCAGAGCCCUUUGAUGCAGACUGCACAGCCCUUCUGCUGGGACAAGUACAUACAAGCUGAGAAAUCAAAAUCUGUUGUGACCGAGGACAAGAAGAUGGGAGAAGGCAGGUUUACAGGUUACCAUGGGAACAACGCAGGUUACACAGACAGAAACCUUGUCAAAUAUGAUGAUCCAGUCCCAGAACAGGAGGUGGGCAGUUAUCACAGUGAUCAGAGUGGGGACGGCAGUGACCCUCGAGUGACUUCGUCUUCACCCUUCCCAGGAUCCAACUCUGUUGACGGGGACUGGUCCCACAAAUGGCCAACAGCUGUCUGGCAGUGUUUUGUCAAAGGAACAAUGGUUCACUUUGUUGAUGAUAAUGGAGUCUGGACAAGUGUGGAGGAACUUGCCCGGCAUGAGGAGCUGUCACAGCAGGCCUGCAGACAGGGAACAACUCCAAGCUACGCCCCUAACGGCCUGCUGCUGAAGGACAUACAGUGCAGACAGCCAGAGACCACCAAUCUCCUUUUCUCAGCUAAGGUCAAGGGUCAGUCAGAUGUGCUGGUCCAGUGUAAGACUGACCACCCCUUCUUUGUGAAAGACAAGGGAUGGGCAUCCCUGAAUGACACAAUGACAGCGGAGCACUAUGGUAUCCCUUGUAACCAACUGGAGAUAGGUGACCUGUGUCUACCCCCAUCCCAUCCAGAUGCUGCAUUUAGCACAUUCCAGAGUGAAUCUAUUAGUCCGAGCUACACAUCCGCAGUAUUUACCCUCAGCAGCAUGGCACAGCAAAGGAAUCAGAGGGAGCUGGAGGUAAGCCCUAAACUGACCACUGGGCAAGCAGCAAGGAAGCGGCCAGUCAAAGCUGAAUCGUUGAAGGCCAAAAGACCCAUGAAUGGAUUCAUGUUAUUUGCCAAGGAGUGUCGUCUGGAGUAUACCCACAUGUAUCCAGGAAAGGACAACAGGUCAAUCAGCAUCCUCCUGGGUGAUAGGUGGAAAGAAAUGAACACAGUUGAGAAAAAUGCAUAUUCGGAGAAAGCUAAGGUGUUGGCAGAACAACAGAAAAAGAUGCACCCUGACUGCUGGAAGCGCAAGAAAUGACAAUUUCUGUCUUCAAAAGACAUGAAGACAAGUUGACCUCUGAUCUCAUUUACAUGCAACACUGCCAACUUCUUAGGUUUCAGCCUCUGUAACAUACGUUAAGGCACCCACAAAGGAGUUUAUUGUUUUUUUAAUGGUGAAAUAAUUUUAAUUAUCAAGCAUUUAUUUUGUACCACCAAGUACAGGUUACUGUAAUCCAUCAUUUUCACCGGAAAUCUGAUCAUGCAGGCAUUAUUGUAAGUUAUGAUGAAUUCCAGGAAUGUUAGCAAUCACUAGAUGUCUUAAGAUAUUGCAGUUGGAGGUUUAUUAGUUAACCCUUUCACCACUGAAGACCAUAAUGGACCCCUCCAUAUCAGUGCAUGGUAGAGUCUGCUAAAGUUACAUAGGGGUGAAAGGGUUAAAUACAGAACAUACAGAGUUUGAAUUAGUAGAGCAAGUACAGUAGAUACUUUCAAAAAGUAUUUUGUUUUUAAGAAGAAAAUAUUGUAUUAGGGUUAUCUCCCUCUUACAGAUUUGUUACUUUUGUUUUGAUUUGUUCAUAUGCAACAGAUACAUAAAGGUAUCGUUUUUAUGUCGGCAAUAUUGGUUACAUAUACAUAUGACUGAAGAUUUCAGUUUAUGAGAACUAAUUUGAUAGAUGACAUAUUUUUUGUAUAUUUUAAUCUUUUAGCCGAUUUAGUCACGGAAAUGACUAAUACAAAUUUGAAAAUAUCAAAUAAUAAUGAAGUUAAAACAAAUAGAAAUAAAUAUAAUAUUAAAAAAAAUCGAUGACAGCUAAAUAACAUUUUAUGUGAAAUUAAUAUUUCCCUCGAGAUUAAGAUGUUUGGCGGAAUAAAAAAAAAAUCAGACAGUUUGUUUUCAAAGCUUUUCAUUCCUCCCAUUAUGAUACAUCAUAGAACUGGUUUUAAUCAGAUUGAAACUGUAAUAUACUGUUGUAUUUGUAGCCAAUAUGAGGAGUGGAAGGGAGAGUAGGGAGUUUUAUUAUUUUAUGUUUUUGGAGUUAGUGCUAAUACUACAUGAAUGUGCACGUAAGCUGCUCAGUAUUUGAUAACUGUCACAUUCCCAAUGUUUUACUUGGGAGUGAAUAUUACAAACUUACUUUUGUUUUACGUGGGGGUGUAUAUAAUAUUCCCAAUGAUUUACAUGGGGUGUAUACACUCUUCCCAUCGUAUUACAUGGGGGUGUCUACACUAGUUUUGAAGCAUUUAUGAACUUUAUGAAAUAUUUAUAUGUAUUAUUUAUAUGAGUUAUAGACUUUAUAUUAUUUUGUGCAAGAAGUGUGAAAAUCCUGUUGUUCGUGGUUUUAUUUUAUAUAAAAGUCAUAUGUGAAGAUGAUCUUAUGACUCUAACUUUAUAUCUUUGCUUCGUUUGUAAAUAGAAAAUGUUAAAAUAUAUUUGUGUAUUCUAUGAUGGUUGUCCAUUUAAAAGUUUUGAUUGCAAAUCUUUUUAAGUUUCAGAUUUUCUAGUCGUAGAUGGAGUCAUAUUAAAUCACUUGGUGCCAUUUGUUAUUAACGUCAGUUCUGGUUCUUGUCGACAAUUUAUUGUUCUGUUAAAACAUUGAGAUAUGUUUAUGUAAGUAAUUAUAUGAAAUGGUUACAGUCGUAUCACAUGAGAACUAGUGCUUGUUUGAGACACGCAGUGCUUAUUUAUAUUCUUAGAUAGGCUUGAAUUUCAGGCUCUGGCAAUUCAGGUAUGUUAUUUAUGAGAAAUCAUAAUUAUGCAUGUCCGCUUAAGAAGAAGAAAGAAAAAAGUUAAAACUAUUCCAAAAAAAAAAAACUGAAAAAGAAAACGUUUAUGACAGAUCUACCAACGUAUUGUCAUUUACUCCAACUAUAUGUUAAGGAAUGGAUAAUUUUGGUCUGACUAGAAUUUUUCACUGCUAUAUGAAAUUUUAUACAAUGUCAUUUAUAUUGCUUCUUUUACUCUUUACUUAUCUUAAAAGCUUCUGUAUUUGAAAGAAAUAGAGAAAGUGAACGUCUUAAUUUAAAAUGUUACAAUGAUAUAAUGUUAUUAAACAUACAAUUAAAAGCAAAGCAUGCUCAGCAAAAACACUUACUGUAGAUAGGCACGUCCUCCUAACUUCAAUAAAAUACUUUGAUAUUAUUAAGUAUGCAAUGAAUGAACACUAUCAUUACAAACACCAAAAAUAAAAACCUUUGCCCUAAUUGGUAACCCCAGACGUGAUUUACGUCACGAAAUGAAAUGAUGAUGCAUGCACUGUAAAUGCAGUUAAAUUCUCAUACACAUUUGGAAUUUGCCAACAAAUGAAACAGUCCCUAAGUGAAUGUGAGUGUCUAUGUUUCGUCGCACUUGUGUAGCUUUUUGGAAUAAUAAAUAUGCAUUUCAGUAGACAUAACGGAAAACAAUAAAGCAAGCAAAUUUACUUACUAGUAAAACGACAUUCAGUAAAAAAAGAUUUUUCAAACCUCCAUGCAUUUGGUAAUUUUUUACUUAUAUAUAAUGUAUAUUUCUCCACUCACAUCACUUACAAACGAGGACAAUUACCACAAAUAUCACAUCACUUACAAACGAGAACAAUUACCAAAAAUACCCCAUCACUUACAAACGAGGACAAUUACCACAAAUAUCACAUCACUUACAAACGAGGACUGCUACCAAAAAUAUCUUAUCACUUACAAACGAGGACAAUUACCACAAAUAUCACAUUACUUACAAUCUAACUGUUACCACAAAUUAACACAUCAGUUUCUUACGAGGACUGUUACCUCAAAUAAACACACCACUUGCAAACGAAGAUCGUAAACAUAGAUUAAGACAUCACUUACAAACGAGGACUUUUCCCUUACGAACAGGGUCUAUAUCCAGUUAUAUCACGUCAUCUAUGGACGGCAAUCAGUUGAAUUAUGUGUUAGCUAGAUAAUUGCUUUCUCCGCCUUUCUUUUCCAAAAUUAAGAAAUAUAUUUGUUUUCUGUCUGAACGAUUCGUUUAGUUUCAGAAAGAAAUUCAUAUAUAUAUAAAGUAUUCUAGAUACAAGUGUUUUGGUUAUCUACUGUGGUUUUGAAUAACGUCACGUAAUUACCGAUUCCGAGAAAAAUGAAUGUAUCUUUUUGUUUUGUUUUAAAACGAUUGUUGUUUUUUGUUUAUGCAUUAUUGAAUUCAUUUCAGAGAAAGAAAUUUACACCAAUAUUCUACUUCUUAAUUUUAACGUUAUGUUAUUUUGUAGGAUAUCGAAUGAACUAUUCUUCUCAAUCCAAGAGUUCUGUUAUCGAUACACCUUAACGUUUCUACUCCCUUGCCUAGGAAUACGAAGUCGAAUGCACAGUUAUUUGAUUGGUUUCAGGUAUCAGAAACCGAUCGGUCGCUAGGGUUAUACCUGUCAUUUGAAGAUUACAAAGAAAAGACAAUAAAAUGUUUACCCUUUCAAUUUUAUCGUUAUGCUACCGCGCCGAUAAAGUGCACUUGUAUCAUAUGCAAGGUAAUCAUGAGCCUUCAGUUUGGUAUUGACAUAUCCCAAGGGUUUAAUGAAGAAACGUGUAUUGAGAGCUGAACUCUUGGAUUUCGAGAGUGAAAUGUUUUUUGAAAUUUGAGUAAAAACUAAAAUAUGACAAAAAAAAUGAGUUUUUUCGCCAUAUAUUAAAUAGAAAUUAAUAAAAUUGUUGAAGCACAUGCAAGAUUAUGUCAGAAAUAUCUUUAGAUUAAUUUGAGGACUUAGUAUUUUGUAAUAAAUGUACUGUUCCAAUGCGUUACCAUGUGCGAGAGACUGAUGUCUGGUCAUCUCCUCAUUGUUGUUAGAUUGUGUUGUGACAAAAGGUUGAUAUAUUUAUGUAGUAAAGUGUUAACAGUUCAUGUACAAAUCAUUCCACCCGAAACAGUAAACAAUACAAUGCUUUCCUCUGAGUGUAACAUUGUGGAUUUGAGAAUUAUAUUGAUAGAUCUCUAUAUAUCUGGUUUAAUAAUUAUUUUAACCUUUAUGAAGUUGUAUGUUUUUGUAUCACGCUAUGAUCUCAGAUAUCAAGAUGAAUAUAUUUAUUAACCAAUGUUGUAUUUACGAGAGAGAAAGAUUGAUUUGAUGAGUUAUACCGUAUUGGUAGGUCACCAUUUCUUUGAUAUUAUAUUUAUAUUUGAAUUGAAUCAUUACAUCCACACUAAGUAUUGUUUCAUUUCUUAAUUAACAAGAUGUCAGAAUAAAUUUGCCUGCAUGCGAAUGGAUACAAGUUUACAGUUUUUAGAAUACGCUAGUACAUCACCUUUUGUAAGUACCUGUGUAUUUUUAAUGGAACAUCUCUUGUAACUGAAUUCCUAUGUUAGUGGUUUAGUACUACAUCACUGGUAGAAAGGUGUGUUUUUUGUUUUUUUGUUUGUUGUUGAUAAUGUGAUGACUACACCAGAGUUAGAGAUUCGAUGACUUCAACAGUGGUGGAUACAGGUUAUUCAUCUGUUGUUUAUGGUCGCAUAACUACAACAACGGUAGACCAGUGUAGGUCAGUACUUGUUUAUGGCGUAAUAACUACAACAUCAGUGCUAUAACUACAGCAGCCGUGAGACAUGUAGCUCACGACUUGUUGAUGAUAACAUAACUACAAC